UUUGAUCUUGGCUCUUUUCCUUCAGUGUCAUGUUGUAUUGUGUUUUAUCUCUGAAGAAGUACGCACCUUUUUUGGGGGGAGGAUAAAGUUUUUACAGCAAAAUGGGAUCUGAAUUUUACAACUUUUCUGCCAAACUCCUGUCGGGGGAAACGUUGAAUUUAUCGUCGCUUAAGGGCAAAGUUGUGUUGAUUGAAAAUGUGGCGUCUCUCUGAGGUACGACCGUCAGGGAUUAUACCCAGAUGAACGAGCUCCACGAGCGCUACGCCGCCAAGGGGCUCGUGAUCCUGGGCGCUCCCUGCAACCAGUUCGGCCAUCAGGAGAACUGCAAAAAUGAAGAAAUCCUGUUGUCCUUGAAAUACGUCCGUCCGGGGAAUGGUUUCGAGCCAAAGUUCCAGCUGAUGGAGAAGGUGGAAGUGAACGGCAAAGACGCGCAUCCUUUGUUCGUUUAUCUGAGAGAGAAACUACCUACGCCCAGCGAUGACACCACCUCCUUCAUGGCCGACCCCAAAUUCAUCAUCUGGAGCCCGGUGUGCAGGAACGACAUCUCCUGGAACUUCGAGAAAUUCCUGAUUGGUCCGGAUGGGGUCCCCUUUAAACGCUACAGUCGGAGAUUUCUGACAAGUGAUAUUGAGGGAGAUAUUAAGAAGCUGCUAAACCAGGCACGCUAGGCUAGUUUAAGCUAUUUACAUGGAAACCGUCUUAACCUGUGCUCUGUGCGGUUAAUGUGUUUGUGUCCUGUGUUUUUACUCUAUGAAGAUGUCCUCUGAAGCCACUUGUGCGGAGGGCGUCUGAUUCAACGUAAAAGACAGGAGUUAACAGAUGUAUUAGCUGCAUAGAAAGUACAGGAAUCAUGUAGACGAUGAACAAUAAAGUUUUUUUAGACAAAUUCAAAA